UCCCUAGCAACCAUCCAGUGGUCGUCACCAGUAGUCGCGUGACACGGAUCUGCAGUCCCAGGCUUUAGCACACACCAGAGUGGUUCGCGUGAUUGCUGGCGUUAUGAGUGAUUGGACAGAGUUGUGGUGAGUGAAGAGUUACCCAGACUGCACCGGGACCUGCCCCCAACUGGCAUCUUGUGGGACCUUCCUCUUCAGGACUAAGCUGUUCCAGGGCAAGAGCAAUGGAGCUGAGCCGCCAAGCAGGUGCAACCACUUUGACCAGGGCUCACCUGAGCAACAAGGAGGGCCAGCAGGACAUGGCCCCCUGGAGGCCUGCCCGCGCCUCUUUGGACACCUCCAAGUUCAAGUACCAGGACCCACUUUCCCUGCAGCCACCUCUGCCCCUGCCCCGGAGAGGCAGCUCGCGCGGGCAGGCCCACCUGGAAGAGAUCCGGCCUCCACCCCCGACGGCUGCCAGCACGGAUUCUUUGGGAAUGGACCGACCUGGGUCCCUGAAGAAGGGGGGCUCUCGACCCUCCUCGAGCGAGAAGAGGGCCACCUCCCGAGAGGGGGCUCUGCUGUGCCAGGGGCAGGAUGGAGGCCUUGGCUUGGGGGCCCAGGACCACAGAGGCACGCCCAGGAGCCAGAAGGACAGCGUCAUCCCUGACAACAUCCGCCACAAGUUUGGGAGCAACAUGGUGGAUCAGUUGGUCUCCGAGGAGCAGGCUCGAAGGGUCAUUGGUGAAGUCGUUGAGGGCCAGAAGAAGUCAAGCUCAUGGCCCAGCAGGACCGAGAGCUCUGUGGAAAUCGCCUCCAUCUUCCAAGACUACUACGAUCUGGGCUACAACAUGCGGUCAAACUUGUUUCAAGGGGCCCCCCAGGAGACAAAGAGCCUCAUGAAGGCUUCCUACACACCAGAGGUGAUUGAGAAAUCAGUGAGGGACACAGAGCACUGGCAUGGGAGGAAGACGGAUGAUCUGGGACGGUGGCACCAGAAAAAUGCUAUGAAUAUGAACUUACAGAAAGCACUGGAAGAAAAGUAUGGAGAAAAGAGCAAAAGCAAGAGCUUGAAGUACUAGAUACUAGACACAGAAGAGGUGCCCUCUGCUCCCAGGAAGUGCUAACAAUAAAAAAAAAAAAAG